AUGGCAACGUACCAGAUUCCAGCACCAGAACCAAUGAAUUGCAAUGGCGAUGUCGCAAACAACUGGAAGAGUUUUCAUGAAGCAUAUGAAGAUUAUUUAAUAGCAACAGGCUUAGAUCAGAAAGACAAGAAAGUUCAAGUGGCAACGUUGAAAAGUCUAAUGGGAACUGAGUGCAAGAAAAUACUUAAAAGACUUCAAUUAUCAGAGGCCGAUAUGAAAGAUCCAGCUAUUAUUCUUGCAAAGCUGUAAGACCAUUUCGUACCAGUACGAAGUAUUCUGUAUGAGAGAUAUAUUUUCCAUAACACUGAACAGCAAGUACAUGAAACUAUUGACCAGUUUCUUAUAAAGCUCAGGCAAUUAGCUGAGCCAUGUAACUUUGGAACACUAGAAGAUCAGAUGGUGAGAGACCGUCUGGUUCUUGGCUGUCGGGACAGUGCGGCCAGGACCAGGCUUUUCCGCGAGAAAGAUUGCACUCUCAAGAAAGCUAUAGAGUCCCUUCGUAUAAGUGAGACCACAAGUGAACAAUUGAAGAAAAUAGAGAGAGAAGACAAUCAAGAGCCUGUCAAUUAUGCUCAGAGACAAGAUGCAAAGAAACAGAAU